AGGAAUUAAAACAUUGGUGUUUAUAUUCUAUCUACUUCUUUUAACGUGAUUUUAACUGUUGGCAGAGUCGCGGUGAGGUCUUUACGCUACGCUUAGAUAUAUAUUACAGCAAUCAGAGCUAUAAUAUGCAUCUAAAAAGCAAUGCACUUCCGGAUAAGGGCUGCUUUUUUCAGCAACGUUAUCAAAGAGUUUGACUGGCGAGCUGCGCGUCAGCUAAUGCUAAUGCUAAAAACCACAGGACAACAUGGCCGCCACUGUCGCUGUGAGUCCCAGUGAAUACCUGCAGCCCUCCACCACUUCCUCCUCCUCCACCUCCUCCACACAGCAGGACUCUCAGCCCUCUCCUCUGGCGCUGCUUGCUGCCACCUGUUCAAAGAUCGGCCCUCCGGCAGCUCAGGCCCCAGUCUCUCCUCCUCCAACUCAGCCACAGCCGCGGAGACUCCUGCCCAUCAAGCCAGCCCCAAUCGCCCCUGCGCCCCCCAAAAAUCUUGGCUUUCUCUCUGCUAAAGGCAAUGUCAUCCAGCUGCCUGCUCUGGGGUCAGCGGCUCCUGGGAGCCCCAUAGUACUCACAAUACAACAAAGCCCUGCCCGAACCAAUGUGCCCAACAUACAGUAUCAGAUCCAAGCCCCACAGACCAUCCAGAUGAUGCCUCAGGGGGGGCAAAUCCAGCUCAUACCGAACACAAACCAGGCCAUAAUCGCUGCUCCAAUGACUGUCCCAAGUCCUGCUCCUACUCCCACCCCACCCCAAAAAGCUGUCUCCAUCAAACCCUCCUCUGCCAAAGCACGAAAACUGCAUCAUCAACAACAACAGGCACAACAGCAGACAGCCCAGAACAGCUCACAGAACAUAGUGCAAUUACCCGGAGGUCUGACUCUGCCUUUGAAUGUGGGAGCAACAGAAAUGGAGGAUAUGAUCACAGAUGCUCAUACAGGUCCAAACAUUCUGAAAGGUCGUCGUGGGAGGAAGAAAAAGGCCACGACUAAUCAAAAUCCAGUUACAGUUCAGGCAGAAUCCCCUCUGCAGCAGCAAGAGCAAAUGGAGACCAUUCUCAUUGAAGCGGGGGAUAAUAUUAUACAGGCGGGCAACAACCUUCUAAUCGUUCAGAGCCCAGGGCAGCCGGCGAUGGUGCAGCAGGUGCAGCUGGUGCAGCCCAAGCAGCCCGAGACUCAGGUGGUGCAGAUCCCACAACAGGCUCUGAAGGUGGUCCAGGCCGCUUCUGCCACUCUGCCCCCUGUCCCACAACGGCAGAGUGGCCCCACCAGCAUCCAGGUGUCUCCUGCCGAGCCCACGCCCACGCAGUUUUUAUUCAAGACGACUUCUGGUGAAUGGCAGGCAGUGCAACUCCAGGAAUCAACGUCACAAACAACAAUGCCCUCUGUUGCCACAGCUACAACCCCAGUAUCUACAGCAUGUUCACCUACAUCAACCAAUAGGAAGUCAGCGCAGGGUGGGGGACGGAAGGAGCGGACUCUUGCUAAAAUUGCGCCGGCUGGAGGAGCGAUCGGAGGAGGCGUGAUCACCCUGAACUCUCCCCUGUCUCCAGCUCCACAACAAACUGUUCAAACCAUCAGCAUCAACGGGGUCCAGGUGCAGGGCGUCCCUGUCACCAUUACCAAUGCUGGAGGCCAGCAGCACUUGACAGUCCAAACAGUGCAGGGCGGAGGACUGCAGCUCGCGGCUCUGAACCAACCCACAGUCCAGGUGGAUUCUCUGACGCUGGAACUGCCUCCGGGGCCAGGAGAAAAGAAGAGGAGGGUGGCUUGCACCUGCCCCAACUGUAAAGACGCAGACAAGAGGCCCGGGGAGGUGGGUAAGAGGAAGCACAUCUGCCACGUUCCUGGUUGUGAGAAAACGUUCAGGAAAACAUCUCUGCUGCGUGCACAUGUCAGGCUCCACACUGGGGAAAGGCCCUUCGUGUGCUCCUGGGUUUUCUGUGGAAAGAGGUUCACGAGGAGCGACGAGCUGCAGAGGCAUGCACGCACACACACAGGGGACAAACGAUUCGAGUGCAGCCAGUGUCAGAAACGCUUCAUGAGGAGUGACCACUUGACGAAGCAUUACAAGACUCACAUAAACACGAAAAACCUGUGAGACCUUAACUUAAAAAAAAUGAACGUUUUGAGAAAAAAAAUCUCACUAAUAUUUAACUGUGUACGAUGAGGAGCAGCGGCCAGGACGGGACCCUAUGACUGUCCCACAAUGGGAUCAACUCCAGAAAGUGUCUCGAAGCUAACAUAGUGUACAGACUUCAUACUUAUUAACAACUUUUUAUCAGCAAGAAAACAAGAUGGUGAUGCUUUUUAUUUAAUUUAAUUUAUAGACUUCAAAUCAUCAAACAACAGUGACUUUUUUAUUAUUUAGCUUCAAGAUUGGAUUUUCUCUGCAAAAAACUUUGGUUUGUAUGUAGAAAAUGAGAAAGAUAUUAUGCCUUGGCCCAAAAGAUGUUGAAUUGUAAUUAUUUAAUACAACUUUGUUUUACUUAAGUUUUGAGCGGAAUUGUGAGUUUUAUUUUAGAAAUACAGUGCUUCUGCAAAAUUAUAGUUAAAUUGUGGUGAAUGUGGUACCAGUGGCCUUUAUGGUAUAUCAUUUGCUAAUUGAAUUGAAUGGAGGUAAAUGAAUGACCUGCCAUCUUAAAACAUAUUUAUAUUUUAAUUAAACUAAUUUAUGGCAUACUUAAUUUUCAAGCUUUCUUCCUCAAGCAUAGGUGCAAUUUAAGUGCACUAUGUAACUUUUCUGAUGGAAAGGUUAGCCAUCUGCUGGUGUCCAUGGAGAUUUUAUUGCUUUGUUAUGAAUGAGCCACAGUAUGGCAUUAAACUCUAUCUUGCUUUUA